UCGCCUUUCAGUUAAUACUACGACUUGAACGAGGUCAGGUUGGAAGAAAAAAUCGCUGCGCUAAUCGAGAUUUUGAAAACGGGGUCCUAUCUGUGGAGGAAUGUGUGCUUCUUUUUUGCUUCGCCAUCUCAGCCCAUCCACGACGGUUUAGUAGCUCCGGCGUUCGAAUAACUGCGGCGGAUUGUGAUGUGCUUUGUGCGAGCGCUUGGGUAACACACGGGUGUGUUCCGGUUAUUCGCUCCGAAGGUGAAAAGGCAGAAUUCAAUUGCGGACCGUGUCCGCGCGACGUUGAUCCGGUCUCUCAUCCGCGCGUGUUUUUGUGCAUCCCUUCUGGGUUGGGUGUGUAUAUGUUGCGGGGGCAAGUGUGAAUACAGCGUGGAAAAGCCUGUUAACAAUCACCGGUGGCAGUGGCCACCACACCCCGGACCGAUUUCGCGGCAGAUUAAUUAUCGUUAGCGUAUUGAAAAACCAUCCACCAUUCAUGUAGCUUGCCGAGAGGCGUCGUUGGCCAGGAUGGAAGGAUGCGGUUUCUGUGUGCGGAAGUGAAACGUGGGAACGAUUUCAUGGGAAGAUAGCUUUUUUAUAUCAGUAAAAAAGGGGGAGAAACAUCGGGUGGAAAAAAGCAGCUGCCGUCGUACGUGGGCAAUGAUAGCGCCUUGGUGAAGAGGAAAAAAUCUCCGUCGAGCUUCUACAUCCGCGAACGGAAACGAUAGAAAUUACCAGCCAUAAUCAUAAUAAAGGGAUUAAGCUGCCCCAGAGUGAAGUUUGUUUUUUUUUCUCACGGUCGAUCGUUGGUUCAUUCGUUCGUUCGUUGGUUCGUUGGUUCAUUGCAAACGCGGCGGGUGAAAAUUGUUAUCGCAUAAAGAUUCUCUAAGAAAGAAGGGAAGCAAACAAAAAGAAAAAAACCACAGAAAAGUUGGCGAAUAACUUACACCAGAUAUCAUAAUUCCUGGCCGCAAUAGCGCGACCACUUGGUUGGACCGUAAAUUUGCUGGCACAGGUGCGAUGUUAAUUCGGGAAAGCUUCUCGGCUGUCAUUCUCUAACGGUAGCUAGCUGAGCGGCUGCUUGUGUUCUGGGGCAGAGUGUCCUGGCACGUGUGUGUGUAUGUGUGUGUUUCGGUGUGUGGGCGCGGAAUCGCAAGUGGAAAGUUACGUGCCAGCAGGAGUGAUGUGGGCAGCUGGCAGAAAAUAGAGCUUGUUUACAUUCAUGAGCCAAGGUCGCAUCAGCUAAUGGCAGGCUGGGUGGAAAAAGCAAUGUCAAGAGUGGGGUGUUGUUUGGUUUGGCAUUAGCAGGAAAAGAGAGGGUGGAGGAACGUGAAUUUGCAACCAACGGUGUGUGGAUUGAGGAUAUCAUUGGAUUCAUAGCUGACAGCAUUUUGCAAUUAGUGUGUGAUAUAAAGUUGUUUAAGUAGCUGUUAAGGUGCGCGUCCAAAAUGUAUCAGCGGAGAGUAAUACUUUUCUUCAUCUUUACUCUGCAUCAUUUCAAGCAGAUCCGAGCGCUGCAGUUGACGGAAAUCGUCGUGCCGGAGGUGGUGGACGUCCGCGAUACGCCAACGCUGUCCUGCAGCUACGAUAUGGGCACCCACAAGCUCAACUCGGUUAAAUGGUACAAAGACGAGCGAGAGUUCUUCAGGUACUCGCCGAUGAUGGAACAGAACGUGAUGACAUUCCCGGCGGAUGGCGUCACGGUGGCGCGGAAAUCGCCAGCGCAUUUCUGCAACCAAUUCAUGUGUAGCAUUCAACUGCAGAAGCUCAACAUCAAGUCGAGCGGAUCGUAUCGAUGCGAGAUUUCCGGCGAUGCGCCGGAAUUCAAGCUGGCCCACGGCGUUGGCAACAUGAGCGUUGCGGUGCUUCCUCAGUACGAUCCGAUCAUCAACGGAUUGCAUCAUAACUACGCUCUGGGAGACUUCGUGGUGGCCAACUGUUCCUCGGACAUGUCCAGUCCACCGGCACGGUUGUACUGGUUCAUCAACGAUCGAAUUGUACCUUCGGAUUAUCUGCAACCACAGCUGGAAACCACGGUCGAGAAUGAUGGUUUCAUCUUGCGCUACCGGACGCUGGAGAUCCGGUUUCACAUCGACGAGACGCGUCUGGGUAAAAUCAAGGGCAAACUGAUGCUCAAGUGUCUCGCCCGGAUCGACGCCAUUCCCCAGGGCACGCGAGAGUCCACGCAGGUCAUCUACAUACCGAUGACGGAUGAACUGCGCAACCAGAAGCUCAUCAAUUGGCGCAGUGCGGCGCACUCGCUGCAUCAUCGGUCCCAGCUUCACCGGCAGCAACAAACAUACCUAACACUCCUAGCUCUCAUGUUUCUGGUGAUACUUUCAUUCGCACCACUGUGAGCUCCAUGGAUGCAGCUGAAUCAAUUGCGGCAGGAGGUAUCGUAGGUAUCGUCUUUAGAAGCGUCAAGUAAGAGAAAAGAAAAAAAACAGUGAAACAGUGAAAACAAAAACAAAUCAACAAACGAGUGUGACUCUUUUGCUGGAGAGAAAUAUUCAGAUUCAUAAUCAUACACAGACCACACGGAACGAACUACACUAGUUGUUAAUUUUGUAGAACAAUUUAAUGAUUCGUUAACGAUUCCCAUUAGCUAUAGGCACGAAUGAAACAUAGAAUGAUUUGGGGCCGGUUAAUUCGCUGAUGUUUGUGUAUAUUCGACAUUGUUUUAACGCUAUACUCUGUAAAUAGCUAACACCGAAUUCUCUAACCCCAAAAAACGACAACCGCACCCCCGGUGGAUGGAGGAAACGUAUGUUGCCCCUCCCUUCUAUCCUCCUUCUCUACUUCUUGGCAUAAGAUUAAGACAAACUAAUCCUAUUUAGCGUUAAGCAAACUAUUGCCCGACGGAAGAUAAAAGAAAAACUGAGAACAAAUGAACAAACCGAGCGUCACGAGAUGGAGGGGAGAGAAGAAAAAUAGGGUUACAUUAGAUAGUUUUUAUAAAUAUUUUUGUAACAUUUAGUUAACAGCAUAUUUACACAGAAAUCAGCAACACACAAAAAAGAAGCAAAUAGCAGCAGCAGCAGCAGCAGAAAAAUGGAACAAGAAACCCGUCAGUAGCAGCAGAGUGGUAAUCGGAGUGGAGCUGACUGGAGGUCCAUCCCAUGUAGCAGCGGACAAAGUGUGAAAGUUAAACAGUUGCGAGUCAUAGUCGAGAAUUAAUGGGCGUGGGAAGGGUGUGGUAUAACCGCACCACUAUGUCCGGCGCAGAGAGGAGAUAUUCAAAAGCGAACAAAAAAAUAAAGUAAAGAAAAAAAGGGAAAGGAUUUUUCUCAUCAUCACCGUCGCUGUCGUAAUCCAUUUUUUUUUCUCUUCCUCCCCUUUUUCACUGUUUUUGUUUUCUUUGUUUUAUUUCUAUUAAUAUUUUAUCUCCACUUCUCCUACUCUUGACUAGGAAGCACCGAUCCCGUAGAUCACCGCCAGAUGCGUCCACUUCACCGUCGCCCGCCACUAUGGUGGUGACCCGAAGCCCUAAGCGCGGGAGGGGCGAAGGUCUGACUUUGUCGGAUUUAGCCACACGGGGUGGAUUCGUCCGUCAUCGGCGCUGUCGUCAUAGCUGUCCGUGGCAGCGAAUGAUCCCCGGAAAUUCAUUUGAUAGUUUCAAAGUGGAGGAGUGUGGAACUGAAGUUGCUAGAAACGGUUCCUGUUCUGAAAUUUUUGUCUCGACACGUUCGAGGGUCGUUAUACAAAUGUUCGAAAUUAUUCCCGUUUGGAUGGCUCACUGCUCGAUAACUAGAAGCACAUUCAAUUCGGAUCUCUCUCCACCCACUUCGAACCUUGAUAAAGGGCUCCAUUUCGCAAUAUCACACCCGAGGAACGUGUGUGUGUGUGCGUUUGGGUGCUCUUGACAGCGCGUCUUCCGGCACCUGAUAUCGGUCCGCGAUGGGGUCUGAAAUUGCUGAAUAUUUGAUGCUCGCGGGGCGGUGAACAUCAUAGCUGUCGAAUCCCCCCGCGGCACUGUGGGUGUGGGCGUGGGUGCGUCUGUGUGUACUUGCUUUCAUGCAUGAACUACACAAUAUUUCCUCGAUUGUUAACUUUGGAUCCGUGCGCUAUUUGUUGUGCGACAUUGUGGAACUCGGAAGGGCUAGUCGCUUUAUCCGACAUGAUAAGCUCGCCCGUUCAGAGGGUGGCACUACAGGGUGGGGGGAUUUGACUGACGAAAUGCGCAAACAAGCAUUCCCUGGAUGGAUGGGUACGUAUGUGGCUGUGUUUAUGUCACUCGAGAAGGGGGUUGUUUCCGCCGGUUGCUUCGAGAUUUGGCUUUCGGAAUCAGUUGUCACCGAGGCGAAGUCGGGAAGUGACGUUCUGGCUCUGCUAGAUUUAUGUCUAUAUUUUUCACUCACUUCGCAAGCUGCCUGGAUGGAGAUGAAUCUUUAAAGCGAUGGCUUGAAAGAAAGAACCAUUGAUAGUGGAACCCUAUUUCGCAGUAGAAGUGUAGUUAUAUUUUCGCAGAUCCACGGAUUUGUUUGACUUUUACAAAAAUCAGGAUUCGGUGGCAAAAUCUUUGGAAUUUAUUACAAUAUGUAUGGAUUUAUAUGUAAUUCGUUUCCAGUGUGUAAAUUUCAUUUGAAGAAACAAGGGAGAAGGUCCUUAGAAAUCAACGCAUAUAGAUUGAAUGUACGUCAUUUUGAAGCCCAAUUGUUCAAGCUUUAAAAUAUUUUAGGAACAUAUUUAGUAUGUGGAGAUGUGAUGGACAAAAAUAUCGGAACAAAAAUAUGACAUUACUAGCUCACCCGGCAAACUUUGUUCUGCCAUAUAUUGUAUUUAUACAGAAUAGUUUGAUUGGUAAAAAUAACAAAAACACUUCAAGAGAGUGUGUAUGUUAUCGUUCAGAUCUAUGAAAUUGAUUUAAAUGAUGAUUUUCACUUUUUUCGAAUUUUCCCUUUUUAUUCUAAAUAUCUUUCUUUUAUAUAUACAGCCAUUCCAUGUCAAACCGAUAUAGUAGUUCUCAACUUUUCGUAAAAAGUGGUAGUUUCGUUCUAUAUCACAACUAUUAGACCCGUAUUUUUAAUUUUUUUUUCGUUAGGGUGCCCAUUUUCAUUUAGGGUGAUCCGAAAUAUCGAAAUAUAUCUUUUUACCCUUUUUCCAAAAAUGGCAUUUUAAAAAAAAUCAUAACUUGUGAACUACUGAACCGAUUUAGACGGUCGACAUAUCAAAUUAAAGCUAAUUAGCUAGUCAUUCUUGGAAGAAUGCCACGCUUGCAAAAAUUUCAGGUUUUGGUUUUUUUUCCAAAAUAUAUAUUUUUAUCAAGGCUCAUAUGGCGUUAGCCUCACGGGGCCGGGAGCUCAAUACUUUGACAAUUUUUCUUAUUAUCUAUGUUAGUAAUAUAUAACCGAUUACUCGCGGUUGGCUCGAGGUUAGUAUUACAAGUGUUUUCGUAAUUGGGAUGUUGCUGUCUCCAAUGCUCUGUACGUGUGCCCGACACGGGAUACUUCCUAUUGGGAUGCAGCUGACCAUUAAUCAGCAACGCCCCCCUAGUCUGUACCUCAUAUCUAGCGUGGUGCGUCUUUCUCGACUCGAGGAAUCCAGGAUAGAAUGGUCACUAGCCGGUGCAAUCAUCAGCUCGUGUAGAGUUGUCAUGAGCGGUACAACCUUUGGCUCUUGUUGAAUGAUCAGUGGACUGCACGACCUUUGGCCCGUGUAUCUGUAAAGAGUGUGUGUAUGUAUUGCCGCGACUAAGUAAAAGUUUAUCGAUCGGAUAGGAGGGAUAUGAAACGGGGACACAACGAAGGAAACAUCAUUAAACGUUGACAUCGGCGUUUCUGAGGAACAGGUAUAGAUGAAGCAGAAGAUCAGGAUCCCGGCUACCUAAGAUAUCCCGGACGGGGAUAUCCGAUUGUCUGCCUUGUGCUCUCAGUGCUCUAGAGAGCUGAGAGCGAGCAGCAUGGAACCGGAUACACGACCAGACAACAUGCUCGAUGUCGUGGUAGCCAUCGCCACAAUCACAAAGAUUGUUUGCUGCGAGCCCAAUGCGAUAGGUUUUGGUUUUGUCAUUAUUGAUUGUACAGGUCGGACUCGAUUAUCCGGAGUAUUGAUUUUUUUUCACUCCGGAUAAUCGAGUUAAAACUAUUUUUUUCUUUAUUGGUUUUUUUUUGCAUGUAUUUUUCGUUUUUUGAAAAUAAAAGAGGAAUUUGAUUUUUGAAUCAUCCCCUUAAAGCAGCGUUUUUAAACCUUUUAUGCUCCAUUCCCCCAUUUACGAAAAUUAAUCCCAGUGCUUCCCCUCUAUCAGUAUUUUGUAAGAAAGUCUGUAGCAUAUCAGUAAAGGGUGUGUCACAUCAAAUUGCAUCACGGAAAAAACGCUGUAGAAAUUCGCCCAGUAGACCGAUCCUUUCGAAAAUUUUAGAUAGUAAAAUAAAAACUAUUAAACAACUUUUGGCAUUUUCCAUUUUUCAUACUUCGAGCCCAAGCCCGUAUGCUCGUACCUUCCUCUUUACCC